UUUUUAAAAAUUAAUUAAAAAAUGACAAUUUCAAGAACAACUCAAAAACCCGACGGAAUAGAUCUCGAUGUAAUUCUCACGGAAUUAGGCUCCUUUGGAAAAUUUCAAUGCAUCAACUUUUUCCUCAUCUGCAUUCCGAUCAUCUUCAACGCUGUGUUCACCUUAAGUUACAUCUUUACCGCUGGAGUCCCGAACCACAGAUGUGCGAUACCCGAGUGUGAGUCAACCAACAAGUCAACAACGGAAUGGAUUUCGUUCGCAAUCCCCCAACGAUUUGACAAAAGUCCGGAACAGUGUUCGCGAUACAGUCCAAUAAGCAACAAGGAGGGUUUUGAGUGCACGAAAAAUGCUUUUAAUCGAUCGAAUGUUGUCAAGUGCAGUGAAUUUGUGUUUGAAACGCCCGAAAAAACGAUCGCUACGGAAUGGAAUAUCACUUGCAAAGAAAAUAAAUGGAAACUGACGUUGGCGGGAACAGUAAACCAUGUUGCGCAAUUGUUUUGUUUGCCGAUAACGGGAUAUGUGUCGGAUCAUUAUGGGAGACGAACAGCAUUGGUUAUUGGAGUCGUAAUGGGAGGAAUUUUCGGAAUUUGCAGAUCUCUUUCAGUGAAUUAUUACAUGUUUAUGGCUUUUGAGUUCAUUGAUCCUCUUUUCAGUGCGGGAUGUUACAGUGUAGCUUUUAUUUUGGGAAUGGAAUACCUUCAACCAAAAUACCGCGUUUUAGGCGGCGUUAUAAUAAGUUGUUUUUAUGCCGUUGGAGCAACUUUGAUGGGCAUCAUUGGCUACUUUUUCCAAGAUAAUUGGCGACAUUUUUUGCUCGCGAUGUACAUUCCUGCUUUAUUAGGCUUUUCCUAUUUUUGGUUAAUUCCUGAGAGUUUAAGAUGGCUUCACACAAAGUCCCGAGUGAAGGAAAUGACAAAAAUCAUCAAAAAAGCAGCAAAAAUGAACAAGAAAGAAUUAUCAAACAAAACCAUCGAAGUGUUGGCUCGAGAAACAGAGAACGAGGAAAAACUUGAAAGUAACAACGAGAGUAAACAUGAGUCUCCUUCAGUGCUUGUUGUGUUCAAAAGUCGAAAAUUACUCUUCAGAAUCGCAAAUUGCUCAUUUUGUUGGCUCACAAAUACUUUUGUGUAUUACGGAUUGAGUUUAAAUGCCGUCUCGUUAGCAGGAAAUAAAUAUUUCAACUUUACCUUUAGCAAUAUCAUCGAAAUUCCGGCGCAUUUAUUGGCUUUGUUGCUCGUCAACAAGAUCGGAAGACGUUGGUCGAUGUGCGGAGCAUUAGUUUUAGCUGGAUUAUCGUGCGUUGCGACAGAAUUUGUGUCAACAGAUGAGACACAGCUUCGUUUCGUCUUGUAUCUCAUAGGAAAAUUUUCGAUUUCCAUCUCUUUUACGAUAAUUUACGUGUACACAGCGGAAAUGUUCCCAACAAAUUUAAGAAACAGUUUGCUCGGGAUUUGUUCGAUGUUUGGUAGAAUUGGGUCAAUUUCAGCGCCGCAAACUCCCUUAUUGGCAACAUUUUAUCCAUCAUUGCCUCUCUUUCUCUUUGGAGGCAUUUCAAUGAUGGCAGGAGUGUUUUCGCUGUCGUUUCCGGAAACGUUAAACUCGAAAUUGCCCGAUACGAUUGAAGAAGCCAUUAAAAUGGGAGACGAACAUGAAAUGACACAAAAAACUGUUGAUUAGAAAAUUUUUUUGUAAAUCAAUUUUUAGAAGUAAUUUUUGCAUUUUAAUUAAGAAAAUCUAUAAUUUAGCAAUAAAUUUAAAUUAUUUAAAUGAAAAUAUCGAUUUUUUGUGUCAAAAAGACAU